CAUCUGGGAUGGCAUGAGGUUCACCGUUAUAGAUACUCGGACGGAGUUAUGGCGAAUUUAGAGUUCGGAUCUAUACAGUCCUGUUCUGGCGGCGAUUCACCAGCGAUGGAUUUUGAAAAGGAUAAAGAAUCCGGACAUCACAGACGGAGCAGAACCGGGUCACCACUGCAAACUCAGCUCUCUCAACAGGGCAUGGACGGAAUCAAAGUUUAUUUGCACGAGAGAGAUCUGUGGGCGAAAUUUCAUGAUGUCACAACAGAGAUGAUCAUCACCAAAGCUGGCCGACGAAUGUUUCCCAGCUACAAGGUAAAGGUAACAGGCCUAAACCCCAAAGCGAAAUAUAUCUUACUUAUGGACAUUAUUUCAGCGGACGAGCACCGAUAUAAGUUUGCAGAUAACAAAUGGUCUAUCAGCAGUAAAGCUGAGCCUGCAAUUCCAGGUCGACUGUAUGUUCACCUGGAUUCACCGGCUUCAGGUGCUCACUGGAUGAGACAGCUCGUAUCUUUCCAGAAACUCAAACUUACCAACAACCACCUGGACCCUUUUGGACAUAUCAUUUUAAACUCCAUGCAUAAAUACCAGCCUCGGCUGCACAUAGUGAAAGCAGAUGAGAGGAACAGCUUUGGCUCCAGCAACACAAGCUUUUGCACUCACUCCUUUCCUGAGACGGCCUUCAUCGCUGUGACUUCCUACCAGAAUCACACAAUCACUCAGCUGAAGAUUGAGAAUAAUCCUUUUGCUAAAGGUUUCCGUGGAAAUGAUGACAUCGAACUGCAUCAUAUGUCCCGUACAAAGAGUAAGGAUUACCCACUGGUACCAUGUAGCACUGCCAGGCAGAGAGUUGCUCCACCCUCUCCUGACUGUCUCUCUCGGUCAGAAUGCAGCAUGCCACAGAAGCCCAGCCCUGGCUACGCCUGCUCCAGCAAUUCAGGUGACUGUGACCACACCCUCAAUGAAGCUCCUCCCACUCAUGACCCCACCUAUCACCUAUUCACCUACCAGCUCUCCCCGGAGGUGGCCACUGUAAAUAGUGUCCCCUGCAGUAUGGAUUCUGCACAGCAGCAGCCUUGCAUGUAUGGAGGCUCUCAGGUGGGCAUGGAGGACAUCAGAUGGGCAUCAUAUACAGACAGCACAACUUACCAAAGAUUUUCCUCUACGAAAGAAAUGGUUGGGACAUUUGGUCCCACCCCUGACCUCCCUCAGGAACUGUAUCCACAAUAUACCUGUGAGGUGGGCGUCCAGUCGCAUUGCAUGAUGACUGAUUUCUCGCUUUAAGCUUGCAAUCGAUCAUUGAGCCAAAAUCAACAGCCAAGCAGUUGGUGUGGGGGCAGCUGAGCAAGUAUGUGGAAUGUGUGUGUGUGUGAGAGAGAGUCUGUGAAUAAUUGUCGUAACUUCAUAACUCAUUACAUCCUGAAAUCACAAGUUAGCAUUUUAUUUUUGCUCCACAUUUUCUACAUAGUCAUUAACCAAACACAGUCUGGCAGUUUAAGAUGUGUUAAUGUUUUUAUUAUUAUCAAAAUAAACUGAUCUUCACACUUAAAAAUUAAGGUUCUAAUUAGAACCAAAAAUGAUAUAACAGCACAAUGGCACAGGAAAACUCUUACACAAGUAAAUUUUAACUCUCCUAUACUUCCAUCUAUGUGUUGGUGCUUUAAAGGAAGGUUCCAAUUUCAAUAAAAGUUCAGUUGACAGCAUUUAUGACAUAAUGUUGAUUACCACAAAAAUUUAUUUCGACUCGUCCCUCUUUUUCUUUCAGGGUUACAGUGAGGUAACUACAAUGGGGCCAAUCUGUAAAAGUUCAAAUAGCAACCUGGUCUCAUAGAAUGAACUAUGAGUGGGGCCUACUCUAUAUACAUUUUUGCCAACUGACUUUUAUGUGCCACCUUCUACAUUUCGCUGCAGUUUCCUGGUGAAAUUAACAUACACUACAACAACUGUGCGUUUUAUUCAUUGUCACACAAAUCACGAGUACAACUGGUGAUUAUGAGUUUAUAAACACUUAUUUUCCGCUCUGUUACUCACCCCCCGCUGUGUUAUGAUAUCAAAACACUUUUACUUUCACGCAUGAUUUAAAAAAAUGAUAUAUCUUAACACUUGUAGACCACCUACAUAUAAACGCUUACUCCAAAAUGAAACACUUGCUUAGUAGCUCACCUGAUAGUGUUGGACUUUGGACUCUGGACUCAUCGACCCAGUUUGAGUCCAGCCAAAGAUGCUAGAAAGUGAAAGUGCCAUUAAAGUGACACAAAAUGACGUGGUUGCUUCCGAAAAUGUGAUUUUCAUUUCGAAUUGGCAUUUUAAAACACUAUUGGUUAGGUUAGGAGUAACGAUGUCUGUUUUGUUAAACUCUCGUUUAUCUUUUCGGACACUAUUGGUUAGGUUUUAGGGUAAAGUCUUAGGUUAGGGAGGCAUGUUUUACUCAUUAAAAGAUUUACUCCAUCUAAAAUUCACUUUAAAAACCUAGUCUGAUUAUUUGGCUCGGAUUUGGCGCUCUCCACUGUACAUUUAACUUGGAAACUGCAGAAGCACGUAAUUUCAGUUUUGCGAAAACAUUGCAAUUCUCGCGUAAAUUUCAUGCGAUCAGGCUGUAAAAAACACACUGUUUCAAAAGUACAGCAACAAAAUGUAAACAAUAUGAGGGUAAACAUGAUUUUAAUGUGGUAAAAUAUCCAAUUUUACAAUUUCGUUGCCAUGGUGACGUAGCACAGUAAACCUGUAAACAACUAUUUAAACCACUUUACAGCUCAAAUAAAAACAUGUUUUAACAGAAAAAAUAAUGUAAGUGCUUUUGUAAAAUUAUAAGCUUCAUAUUUCUGCAAACUCAAGAACCCUAUACAAUGAAAAGUAUUUCUUGGUAAGAUUAGGAACCAAAGAUGCUGUUAAGAACUGUUGAAGGACCUUUAUUUUUAAGAGUGCUAAUAUAAGUAUAAUAUAAAAAGUAUUAUCAUCUCCUCUUAUUCUGAAUCCAGUGAUGGACAUGUGCAUGUCCCCUGCAUCUUCAGUGAUGUAUGUGAGAUUUUGUGUGGCUUUGUGGCUAAUUAAAUAGCUUCCAGUAAGAAUCUCUGUUAUACCAUUUCCAGACCUAAACAGAUAAAUAUUUUUCUCAUCAAGAUACAAGCGGAAAAAACAGCACCAUUUAAACCCAAGGCAUUAUCUCUAUGGAUAAAAACAAAAGUUUUCUUUAAAAAAAAACAAAGGUGGCAGGUUGUUACACUGUGGUCAGUAUUUGUGAAGAUUAGGCCAUGUCCACACUAAUACAUUUUCUGGUGAAACACAGUUAAAAUUGUUGUUAAUGUACAAACAAUAACAAACCCAAAUGAAAAAUAUUGUCAGAUAUUAAACUCUACUUAUCUUAAACCUCAUUUCCAUCUGAACACACAUGUACUAGCCUCAGAGGGAUGGGGGUCCUUUAUUUUGUUUAUUUUUACUUUGUAUUAUGAUGAGGAAAGCCAGGCUCUCCAAAGAGCCAGGAGUUUUUCACAGGGGUGGCCGGGCAGAUGCCAACGAUCAGUCUGUGGUCCAUGGCACAGAAAUUUUCGGGCAGCAUUUUUGUAUCAUCAGAUGGAGAGGUGCGGCGACCUUGGUGUGUGCACAUGUUAAAUCUCCUGUGUGUGUUGCGGUUGUACAGAGACGGUUCCACCUCUAAAAAACUAAAUUGUGCCCAAGACAAAAACAAUUACCAAAACGGCAGUUGCAAGUGGGGUAGCCAAUGGGGUGGUCAGGUUUCAGUUCCUUGUGGCCACGGCUACCCCUGGCCAGCCCCUAGCUCCGGCACUGGAGGAAAGGGAAUGCUGUGUACUGUGCGUGUCACAGUCCAUUAAGUGAGCCCUGAUGGUACCUAUCUUGUCAUGGCCCAAGGCAAGAGAGAGAGAAAGAGAGAGAGAGAGAGAUGGGGAGGAGGGGAGUAUCAGAUGGACAUUUAUUUAUAGAUACACCAAGCAAUAAGAAUUUCCUGAGUGAAAUGUGGUAAUUUUAAAGAAAGUUUUAAUGUUGUGAAAUUCAUGUUCAGAUUAUUUAUUAUGAUAAACUAUUUAUUGUUUUUUAAGGUCACGAAUUGUGCUUGCUGAAACUGAUUUGUAAUGCAAUUGUUUAAUUUAUUAAUGAUUAAUUAAUUUUGCGUUAGCCCGAUAAAUAUAAAGUUCCUGUUUUUUGUGAAAGUGUUUUUUGAAACUUGCUUGAAUAUGAGGCUGAAAUAAAAUGUUAUGGCCUGUAUUACUUUUGAUGUUUACUAUAGCCAAUUUAACUGAAUGUUGAUAUGAAGUGGGACUUUACUCAUAGAUUUUGAUGUUAUUGAUAGAUUAUAUUGUCAUGAUUGCAGAAGUAUGGCUCUUUCCAAAACAAGUAUAUUUAUAUAGGUCAUAAUAUUAUAUAAUCAAGCUAAAUCAAUGAAUCUGACCAUUUCUAUAAUGUGUAAUACAUUAAUAUAAUGUCGCAAAAUCUAAUAAUAAUAAUAAUAAUACUAUUCCAAAGUCUUAUUUUGCUACACAUUAUUUAAUUAAAAAAAUAUAUAUCAACAAACCAGCCAAGAUAAGGUGUAUCAUGUGGAUAUAAAAACGGAGCAGUAUAUGUGUUUGUGUGCUUCAGAGCUGUAGUUUCACACCUCAUGUAAGAGUUUUACCUGUCACAGAGAAACAGAGAGAAAGAGACAGAUCAAUUACAGGAAUGACUGGAAAGUUCUUUAGGGAAAAAUAGUUUAUCAUGUUAAAACCAGGCUUUUUAACAGUGCUGCUCAGAGGAAAAUAAUCUAACCCGUUUUUGUCUCAUCGCUGGGGUAAAAUUAUUAUUAUAAUUAUUAUUAUUUUUGUGACCCUGUGGAGUCAAAGGCCUCAUAUCUUCUGACGUUUUAUGGCUUAAAUAUUUGGACUGUUUAGAGAGCAGUCUAUUUGUAUUUUAAAACAAACCAGCUCCUGACAAUUUUAAGAAACGUUUUGGGACAUAAGCACAUGGUUUAGGCAUCAAGAAAUGUGUACAUUCUGGAGCAAAUAUGAACUCAGUCUAAAAAAAGCAUCUGGAGUUCGCUAGUUCGAAUCCCAAGGUGUGCUGAGUGACUCCAGCCAGGUCUCCUAAGAAACCAAAUUGGCCCGGUUGCUAGGGAGGGUAGAGUCACAUGGGGUAACCUCCUCGUGGUCGCUAUAAUGUGGUUCGUUCUCGGUGGGGCUUGUGGUGAGUUGGGCACGGAUGCGUGAAGCCUCUACAUGCGCUAUGUCUCCAUGGCAACGCGCUCAGCAAGCCACGUGAUAAGAUGCGUGGGUUGAUGGUCUCAGACGCGGAGGCAACUGGGAUUCAUCCUCCACCACCCGGAUUGAGGCGAAUCACUACGCGACCACAAGGAUUUAAAAAGCGCACUGGGAAUUGGGCAUUCCAAAUUGGGUGAAUUUGUUUGGGGAAAAAAAAAAAGCAUCUGCCAUCACUGAAUUCCCCCUGUCUCAUCUCCGAGGAACUCUAUGUUUUAGGUGGAUGGUAAUCUCCAACUCCUGUUGAUGUUCUCCUCUAGAUACAAAUCUCAAAUCAAAAUGAAGUCUUUGGAAAGCCUCUGACCCUUACUGGAUUUCCUGCUCCAGCAAAGUAUUGAUUUACUGCAGUACAACCACAACCAAUUCUGGAUUUUCAAGUCGGUUACUCCUGAAAGAUGGUGCAGUUCCCACUUUGCUGGGACAAUCUGGCACCUCUGAAUCAUAAGCUGUAAGUAUACUUGAUUAUUUGUGGAUUUAUCUGCUACCGAGAGUUCAAAUGCUGAGUUUUGUGUUGUAGCUUUGGUGUACACCCAGUGCACAGCUGUAGGCCUCUGCUAACCUGCUAGCUAAUGUUGCUGUGUUGAAAUAGUUUUGCUAAUAAGCUGCGGGCCCAUUUUACCUACAAUUGUGUAGAAUUAUACAGAUUGUUUGUCAUUCUACUAUCAUGAAUAGUGAUCAAGUGCGGAGAUGGAUUUAUUUUACAAAUGGUAAUUUUACAUCUGCAAUCCACAGUAGUGCUUGGCUAACUUGCUAUGUACGCUUAUAACUGUAUGUUAUUGUGUUGGUAAGGGUUUACUAUUUAGCUGUGGGCCAGCUUUUACCUAAAACUGUGUAACAAAAUGGUCGAUCUCAAGAGUCUUAUAUAAUUACAAGUUGUAAUGUUACGGCUGCCAUCCACAGUAGUCCACGGCUAACUUGCUCACUAACCAGGAGUAAGCCUCUGUUCUCCGUUAAUAGCUCUGGUGAAAAAAGUUCAGCUACACCCAUUCCAGCAAAAGAUGACUAACUUAGAUGCACUACAUGUCUUUUACUUGAAGUUUUGUUAGGUUCACUAUAAUCAACAGUGUACUUGUAAAAAAGCUACAAAAGUCAAACUUACCACUGUGAAACGUCCUGCUCAAGUCGUGCUUGCGAAGGUGGUACAGGUAGAUCAGCUUGUUCUUCCAAACUUUCAUUAUCGGACUCAAACUGGUAUGGCAAAAACCAACGCAACUGUUACCAUAGUUACAAUAGUGUUUACAGCUGUUAAGGAAGCCUGAAACUCAGUUAUGGUAAGGGGCGUUACAUUUCCAACACACACACUACGCGGUUUACCAUUCACAACAGACUAGGCCAGCUGAACAAUCAGAGCAGACUGGGCUUUUCAGAAAGAGGGGCUUUAAAGAGACAGGACCUAAAUCAGAGCAUUUCAGCCAGAAAGGGAAAAGAGUGGCUGCAGCAAUGUACAGUAUGAGAAAGAUAAUGUGUUUUUUUAAUAUUAAAGCAUGUAAACCUAUUCUAGUAGGCCCCCAAAAUAAAAUCAUGAACCUGUAAAUUAGCAUAAUAUGGGCUCUUUAAGUUUUUACAGAGAAAUAUCCUGCAUUUUCAGUGUACACGAGAUAUCUAUAUAUCUAGGCAUUAUCUAAUUGUUCAUAAGAAUCAAAACUGCACUUUGAUAUUACUUUAUAACUUUAUCAUUUCUGUAAGGAAAAAUAUAACAAUAAAUGUUGUGAAACGCGACUAGGGUUGCCACCCGUCCCGUAAAAUACGGGAUCGUCCCAUAUUUAAAUAUGUCUAAUGUCGCCGAAACAUCGUCUGUAUACUCCAUCAACACUAUCAAAACUGAAGGAUUAUUUUUUCACCAGGCUCUGGAAAAUGUAGACAGGUCAGUUAUACUGUCAGUUAGCUAAGUAAUAUGGCGGGAACUCUGUGCCUAAACCAAGCGUCCGACCGACCGACCGAACGCCUAACCAAACAUCUUGUUCUUUGAGCGUCUUUCAUGGCUGGUGACCCACGUGACGACCUGAUGUGAAGUCAACGUCUUGAAAUUAACGUCAGGAGUCUGCAGUUGCAUGUAAGUGUGUUUAUUUCAUUGUUUUACUUUGUUGUAGAGUUGUAUUCAUUGCUAGACUUGUGCUGUUUGUUUACUGGCUUGAACUCGUGUCGCUUAAACAUGUGUGCUAUAUUGUUUUGACCUAUCCCAGGGUAUUCACUGCUAGAUUUAGAGUUGUGUGUCCAGUGUGUGUAAAACCAUCAUUGUUUUUAGUGUCUAUAAACAGUGCUUCACUUGUUUUAGAGUAUUAUUUAUUGCUAAAGUGUAGCAUAAUUUAUUUGCGGUGUACUGAGGUCGAAUUUGUUCCCACGCUGUUCACCUCGCGCGACCCAUAGUUUCGGUUGCCCACAUGACUAGCUUUGUGCUAAGAAGCAUUAAGGCAUGUCCUGCUUUUUUCACUGAACGGCUCGUUAACAUCAUGUAUAUAUUUGACCGAAUGCUGACACGGGAGCGGCAGCGGAAGUCGUAGCCCUCAUGUGAAGACCUACUUGUGUAAAGACCAGUGAGUCUACCUGUGUGAAUCCACCGAGCAAGGACACCGACAAGGCGCCACUCACCAUAGCACUUAAGUAUCUUUUAAUUUGAUCUCUUUUCUUAUUUUCCUUGUACAUACUAACAUGUCUACUUCACGAAUAAAAUAUGCCUUCAAGCACAUCCCUGCUAUCUGUUACAGACCGUUUACAUGAUAUAGAUGCAAGACAAAACGCAACCCACACAACCUACAGCCACUUUGCACUUCAGCACCUGCUCCGCUCUCUUUCUCAGUGGGACCCUGGAACUGCCAGUCAGCUGUGAACAAAGCUGACUUCAUUCCAGCCUUUGCCACACAGUCCACACUCAGCAUCCUGGCACUGACAGAAACAUGGAUACGUCCCGAGAAUACAGCAACACCUGCUGCUCUCUCCAACAACAACUCCUUCUCUCACACCCCUUGACACACCAGUAGGGGUGGGGGAACAGGUUUGCUCAUUCAUAACAACUGGACUUUUUCACCACACUCUUCUCUAUGUAACAAUACUAAUUUUGAAUUCCAUGCUAUUACUACAAUGCAAUCCACAAAAAAUACAUGUUGUUGUCAUUUAUCACCCUCCAGGUCAGCUGGCAAACUUUCUCGAGGAGUUGGACGUCCUGCUGUCCUCCUUCCCGGAUGAUGGUAGGCCACUUGUGGUUCUUGGUGAUUUAAACACACCGAGACAAGCCCCAGGCCACUGAACUGAAUGCUCUUCUGGCCUCAUUUGACUUGGAAAGACUAAGCACCACAGCAACUCACAGAUUGGGCAACCAGCUGGACCUCAUUUUUACACGCCAGCACAUACUACACCACCCAGCCCCUGGCUCUAUGACAUCCUUCGUGAACAUCGGACUGACCUCAGGGCAGCUGAGGGGAGAUGGCAGAAAUCUAAGAUCCAGCAGAUCUA